AUGUCGCGCUCCAGCUCAACAAGCAGCGUGAUGCGCUCGCUGCGUCAUCUCAAUCCUCCUACCAAGGGUUCCAAAUUCGCCGUCAGGGCUCCCUCCCACGCUGCACACCAGCCCAAAUUUGUUCAGCCCAAGGACCGCAUACCUUUCUGGAACAUCGUGCCUGGCGACCACGUGAAGCUCAGAUGUGGCAGCGUCGGUCAGAAGGACGGUCUCGACUCUGACAACAAGAUUCGUGGCGAGGGCAUUGUCGUCAGCAUUGACAGGGAGAAGAACUGGCUCUGGCUCAGGGAUGUCGAUGACAAAAACAAGCUUGCUCCAAAGGCAAUCCGACACAUUAUCCCUCGUUAUGUCGACCCUCUCCAACCAGAAAAGGGCUACGGCCCCAAUACAACAGAGAUCCCUCGUCCCGUCCACUACUCCAACGUCAUGCUCAAAAUUCCAGGCACAGAUCAGUUUGCGGUGCGACUCUCGCGCUCAGCAGCAAAGUACAACAAGCGCAAGGGCAUGUACAUCUGGAAGCGCUUCGCAACUCUUAAAGCUUCCGACGAAAAGUUUCUCGAGACCGGCAAGCCUUUCGAAAAGGUCGAGGUCCCAUGGCCAAGUUUGCCGGCAAAGCGCAGGCAUCAGGACACCACCAUGAGUGAUCGAAACGUCGUCGAAGCCGAAUCCUGGGCUCCAUGGAGACCCGAAGACCCUGUUCUUCUUCCCGAGCGUAAGCGCACCACCUCGCCACAGUCCGAACGUCGAGCUGCGCUCCUCACUCUCGAGCGCAUGCAGCUCGACGCCGCAAAGGUUGAGCAAGCUGGCCCCUCGGCUGCUCCUCCCAACGCUCACGGCACCUAUGCCGGCUUCAAGAAGGAAUCUCGUGCUAAGCCACCUCCCAUCGCGCAGCCUCCCACCCCUGCAGAGUCGAUCCGACUUAACACCAACGCCGCCUCGGAAUGGGCCAGCGGUGAGAUGAUCGAGGCGCAUCGUCAAGAAGGCGGCCUCUCUUUCCUCUGGCGCGACUACCUUGAUGUCGCUCCGCAACAAGGCCCUGCAAGUGGUGGAGACUGGAGCGAAUUGCCACCCAGCACCCCUAAAGGUGGUCUUGACGCACGUAGAAACCCAUACGAUGGUCGUCUCACCGAUGGCCUCAGCCGCAACGAUGUAGACCGCAUGCCCAUUGAGCUACUCAUGUCUCGUGACCUGACCAACGAGCGCGGUCUCAAAUGGCGAAUGAGGAGGUGGAAGGACAAGCAGGCCGAAAAGCAACAAGAGGCCAUCGGCAUGCAACGAUCCAAGUCUGAACUGCUCAAGGAACUUGAUGCACUUAGGAUCUAA